AUGACUGGCGUAUUUGCCGAAAUCGGCUCUGGGGAGAAUUUAUAUGAUUAUCAAACGGGAGAUCUUCUGGGCUUUCCCUACUGCCGAUGCGAACGGGGCCAGUCGGCGUAUAGCUUGGCGCCAACUGUGGUGUCAAAGGGCGGCGGCCAGUACUGCUUCAAGGUCAUUGUGAAGAAUUGCAGCGCAAACUGCUGCAAGGUUGACCUUAAGAAGAUUGAGUUCAACGUUAACGCUGCCUGCCUCGUGAAGAGCGCCAUUGUCAGGGCCACCGUCAACGGCAACCUAACCGCCGUAGGGCCCAACUUCUACAAACCCCUCGACAGCCCCCCUGGUAGCGCUAUCCUGCGGCUCACCAGCCUCGGCCUAGGGCUGGGCAGCAACGGCACCGAGAUUUGCCUAACCCUGAAGGCAGGCGUAAACAGCACGGGCUGCGACACGCUCGAGGAGCUCUGCAUUCCUCCUCCUGGCGCCAACCCUGGAGUAUGCCAGGUGGCGAUGUUCAACAACAACAACAGUACCGGGGCAUGCUGUCCCCAACCUUCUCCACCCCAGCCUCCUCCGCCAUGCAGCCUCUGCAUCCACAUCAGAUUGGUAUCUCCCAUAAUCGACUUUCCGACCUUCCGGUUCAACAAUGCCACUUGCCAGCAGCUGCAGAAGACCGUGGCUGGGCCCAUGAACACCCAGUUCACGGCCCUCAAUGUGACGGUCCUCAAGCCCUUCGCCGCAGACCCCCAACUGUGUUCAUCAGUUGAAACUCAGAUCUGCACAUCCGUGGUCUGCCCGCCUGACGAUGUCCAGCAGCGACUUCAAUCAGUCCUCCAGAACGAGUUGGACUUGGGGGUUGGGUUGCUGUCUGGGAGCGUCUGUCCGGCUUCUUCAGGCUACACCAUUCGGGCCCUGAGUGGGACACAAGACUUCUUGAACCUGCGGACGAUCUCCAACUGCAAGCCCGGCCCGGAUCCUUUCCCUGGUUGCAGGUGCGACAAGAGACAGGGCAUCAUACCGCUCUACGUGAUGCCCACGGUGGAGUCGCUCCCGGGGCGGACCUCCGCCACCAUUCUGCACUGCUUCCGACUCGGCAUGGUGCCACCACUCUUCAGAACCCCGGUGGGUCUGUAUGUAUGUAUGUAUGUAUGUAUGUAUGUAUGUAUGUAUGUAUAUGAGAGCAAUCGCCGCAUGAUCACGGGCUUCCGCCUCACGCCCCGGGGUGGCAGUCCGCGCUUCAUCUCCGUCUCCUGGGCAGCCCCCGACGACAACACCGUAAAGGCCACUAUGAUCAACUGGAACUACGUGCAGCAGGCGGACGGGGGGGAGAUCUGCAUGGAGCUCCGCAAGGAGAUGCCGCUGAGCGACUUCUGCCUGGGAGGCGGCUCGGGAUGGUGA